AAGAGCGUUAGCGAGGUCUCGCUCUCGUCCCUCGAAGGCAGCACCAGCCUCGCGGUAUCACUUCAGCGUCCCUGCAGCUCUCCGUCUCACAGCCAGGUCACCCCCUGCAUCUCUCGUGACUCUCCCUCCCCUCACAGCCCAGCACAGCAUCAAGAUGUCGGCCACGGCGAAGCAGUCGAAGGUCAAGAACAUGUUCCCGGUGAGCUGGCAGCGAGGGGGGGAUGCUGCACGCACAGAUCUGGCAGGAGGUGUCUCACAUGGAGUAUGUCCCUGUGUGUGGUGCUGUGCUGUGCUGUGAUGCGGGUCGGUGUGUUGCAGCCCAACCGUCGCUGUAUGUUCAAGGAGCCGACAGAGCUGCAGCACGCUCGCGGCGGCCGCAGCCGCAUCUUCAACCCCGGCGACAAGGUCCGCCUCUACGGAUGCGCAAACCACACCAAAUGGCUCAGUAAGCACACACACGCACACACACACACACACAGGACAGACAGCAGACACCACUGACCUGUCUCUAUCUGUCUGUCGCGCUGCGCUGUGUGCGUGUUGUGGCCUGGCCACCAACCACAUCCCACCAGUCGACACGGCGGACGAGGAGCACUUCUACGUGAAUGUCGAGUGGAAGGACGACGGCACGCUCAAGGAGCUCGAGUCCAAGGACAAGUUCUGGGACGAGGAGACCGCCGCUGAGGCUGAGGAGGUGCAGACCACAGCACCGCCUGCCCCCGCUGCCGUCCCUGCCGCUGCUCCCGCCGUCGUGUCCGCCGCCAACGCAUCCGCCGGAUCGGACAACACGUCGGAGGAACAGAAACGUAAGCCACGCAAUUGACUGACGCGAUUGGCUCGAGUGGCAAACGUGUAUUGUAUUGGAUUGGAUUGGCGUGUGUGUUGUGCGCAAUGACAUGCAGGUUCGUGGUCGUCUGCCGUGGCCAAGGAGCCCGUCGCAGCCAGCAACUAGGCUGGCUGUCCUCAUGAGCGUGUCCGUCGUCUUUUUUGCGCUGGUGGCGAGGGCAGCCGAGGCCGGCGUGAGGCGAGCAUGGUGGCUCGUGUCUGUCUGCCUUGCGCAUGCCAUGCCGGCCUCGUGCACUUAUGUUAUGCUGUGCGUGGAUGGCUGCCUGCCUGCCUGCGUGCGUGAGAGUAUGCAUGUUUGUCAAUAGUACAGGUGCGGUGUGUGUGCGUGUGUCGGUUCGGUGAGGGGUGGGGUGGGCGGAGCGAGAGAGACGUCUGUGUACCUGCUUGUGUUGUGUGUGUGGG